AGUUUGCGUUUGGUAAAUGUCAAUCGGUAACGGGCGAAUAUUUCCGAAAGUGUUUUCGUAUCUCGAAAACUUUAAUUUGCGUUUGUAAAAGCAAGUUAAUUAAUUUAAACACUAGUGAAAAUAAUGUUAGUGUGAGCAGUUGUGUUUUCUGUGUAAUUACCAUACAUUUUUAAUAAUGGAUCCCUUUACUCAGCGUAUGUUGGAAAGAGCGCGUGCCAGACAAGAGAAAAUCGACCAGAAACUGGCUUGUUCUGGCCAGACAGUGCCCAAGAGGAAACCUUUGACUGAAAACAUCAGUGUUAUAAAGAAUGCGAGUCCCAUCAGGUCUCCUAGUAAAGCUAAAGAGAGUGUGUUGUCUCCUAGAAAGUCCUUGAAGUCGGAAUCACCGGCUAAGACUGUUACACGGAGGCCAAGUUUGCAGAAGAGUCAAAAUGCGGUGGCUUCCCCACAGAAGUCCAGAAAUGAUGUUGUUGUGACAAAAAAAGAGUUCAGCAGUCCUAGAGGAAGCAUAGGGAGGCGUAAUUCUGAUGUUUCGUUGGAGAUAAACAUCACUCAUAGGAAUGAUAUCAAAGUGGAUGUCCAAAUUGAAGAGAUAGAUGCCCCCAUCUCAGUGGUUUACAAUACGAAUAGUGACAGUGAUAGUAAUGUGGUGAUAAAAGAAAUUGAAGACGGUUCAACAAAGAUGCCAUUGGAACAGGCUCCCGAGGAAACCGAACACAAAACGGAGAAAGCUGGCACUCGACACAACUUCAAGUCACGUCUGGACAGGCUUGGCAAUUUGUAUUCAGAUGAGCCAAACCUAUCGUCACCCAUCCACCGCACCGAGCAAGACUUUUCCGCAGCCACUCCGCCCAAACAGCAACCGGUGCGAGAGAAGGCUCUGGAUGGAAAGCGGAAGUUCGGUCGUCUAGCUGCCCUGGCUGACCAGAUCAACAACUGGGAGGAUGACCUGACACAUCAUACCUUUAAUCCUGAGCCAGUCAAGAAAACAACAAAAGCAGAGAAGAAGCAUGAGAAACUGGAUGCAUCAACACUGGAUGUGUCCAUACAUUCGUUCAAUGAUAUCAACAAUGUCCUCAAGAAAACUCCUGCAAAAUCGGCACAGCCCUCAAAAGCAUCUAACACGCGGCAGUCAUCAAAGCCAUCAGUCAACGAGUGCCAGCGGCUCCAAAGACAAAUCAUUGCUGAGCUGGAGGGCGAGGGCUACCGGCGAGUCUCCGCCGGCAAAUCGCGGCUGGUGUACGACUUUACCGCGACGGAAAACGCCGAUCCCGCCCGACAGGAGCCGAAACGCGCAUCGACAACCCCCAGUGCCGCUCCAGCCCCCAACAUGGCCGCAAUGGUAGCCAGCGCGCCGCCGGUCGCCGCGACGGUGACUAAAAAACCAUCGCUCAAGAAAUACAGGGCUCCCACGCCGCCCAGCAAGAACCAGCUCGGCGACGACGAGGAUAAAGACAAAGAGAACAACGCCGCACAGGCAGAACAAGAAAGCGAUGACGCAAGCGAUUGUAUACAAACAAAGCCGGAGCCGGCUGAUCAAAAACCGGCGGCCGAGAAGGGCUCGCCCGCGGCUAAAAGACUCGCGCCCAAGCUGAAUGGGAAUGUUGACAGAAGCUCAGUGUUGUCCAGAGCUGCCAUGUUCGAAGCGGGCAGCCCGAGGAAUAAGGACCCCGCCGAAAUGUCUUUACGCGAACGCAAAGCGCUGUUCGAAAAAAACAAGGGCGCCGCUAUAGUGCCCAAGGCGCCCUUCGGCAUGGCACCCUCGGCCAAAACCCUGCACGGCGACAAUAAAGACAAAGCAAAGUCCCAGACCAGUGCGAAGACGACGCCCACAAAAUCAAACAUCUCGACAAACUCGAGAGCAAACUCCAAGGACAGUUUGGCCGAUGACAAUGUCAGCCAGACCUCUGUAGGAGGGAUCAAAGGGAAACUUGCAGCCCUAUUCAGUAAAGAGCAGACGAUAAGCGAGACGACGAUAGCUAAUAAGUUCAAGCAGGAAAGAGAGAAAGAAAUGGAGAUGUUGCAGAACAGAUUCAAUUAUAAGCCCCCAAAAGAAACGCCGGCUCACGACAACGGCGAUUCUGACGACGAGCAAAGUGACAAUGACCGUUCGGAGAAGGCGCCGCUUAUGGGCAGUGCGCUUAACCUCGCGAACGCCGCGAAGAAACCUGAAAUAAUCGCCAAUGUGCCAAAAGUCACGUUCGACGACAAAACCAAAGCCCAGGAGCUCAUAGACAAGGAGGCGGAGAAAGAAAAAGUCGUUGGAUCGCAACCAGUUAAAAGGAGAAGUUCCCAAGACUCCCCAGUAGUACUAUCAGUUCUGGAAGACGUAAAACGGAUAAAAGUGAACAGCAAAAAGGAACCACUGACAAACGGACUGGUAUUACAACAGCCUGGUCUCUACCCCCACCUGUCUGAUAUAGAGACUGACAAUUCAAAUACCCAGGAGGAGUUCUCCGACUGUGGAGGCUCAAGCACGGACGAACGUCUCAACGACAAUUUGAACAAGUCAGAUAACUGGGCAGAGACAUCUUUUGGGAGAGAAGUCAUGAACGUUGUAAAGAAAAACAACACAAGCUACAAAAAAGCGGUGCGUGAAAGCGAUUCCGAUGACACUCACAGCGCUUGCGAUAGCGAACUAGACGAUAUGCUAGAUGAAGCGCUGAACGAGGACGGGCCCACGCCUCCCAAGGUUAAUAAGCACGGCAGCGUAACGUCUUCGUCCAGUUUUGUUUACCAAGAGAAGGCGCAGUUCAAGUCGCCGCAGAAGCCCAAGCCUCCCCAACACCCCACCACUCCCAGGGUAGACCGGGGUAACGAGCUGGUCCAUAGCGUCAGCUUCUAUAGGAGGAUGCAGAAUGCGUCAUCAACGCCCACAACGCCUAUGCGAGUGGUCCGCCACGGCUCGCCCGAGCGAGAGAUCCCGGCGACACCCGACGAACCGGCCGCUGCUGUCACCGUCCGCCAGCGGGUGAAGGAACUGCAGAACGAGAUCGCCAAGCAGCAGACCGUCAUCUCGCAGGCCAGUCAAGCAUUGAAUCUAUGCGCCUCGACUAUCGAAUUCAGCGGGUCUACUGAACAAGCUGAAGGAGAGAGACUGCUUCUAUUAGCAACUCACCGCCGCCAAGCGUGCCUCCACGAGGUCCAGCGGCUACAAGUGGAGGGCGCGGGCCCGGCCGCCACCGCCGGCAUGGCGUCGCUGCACAUCCACGGGCUCAGCGUGCCCUUGCGGCGCGACUACGUGCGACAGCUCAACGCAGACGGUGCCGUGGGUCACCACGCAGUGUGCCUCCUCAAGUGCCGCGACCGCGUGCUGGCCAGCAGCAUGCCGCGCACGCAGCCCAGCGCCGCGCUGCUGCACUUCCCCGACGAGAUCCGCAUGGACCACCUCACCAGCGACUUUAAGGUGACAGUUGAGGUGUAUUUACUUCAAGCAUCCAAAGAAUCACUCCCGCACGACGUCAAAUAUCACAUCAAUAACAAAAAGUCGAACUCCAAGCUCCUCACGCCCAAAUCCAAGGUGUCAGAACUAAAGGCCCCGCGUGUGCAGAGCCCGGCCGGGCCGCUGUCGGUGCGCAGCCCGCAGUUCCAGCUGCACGGCUACUGCAUUUUCGCGCUGCAGCAGGCCAGCAGGAAGACAUUCACUCUGAAUAAGGUCCCUUGCGGCAGCCCUCUCGAAGGCUCCGUGAACAUAGACAUCAAAGCGCGCGUGCGAGUGGACGCGCCGCCGCCUCACGCCGCCUUCCUCACUGCCUUCGAUGACGUAUCGGGGCUAGGGGCGUGGCACCGCCGCUGGUUCAGACUCUGUGCGCCCACGCUGGCUUAUUGGAAGUAUCCUGAUGACGUUACCAAGAAGCUACCAAUCGGCGACAUCGACCUAUCAACGAUCGUGUCAGACAAAGUAGUCCGGGCGCCCAGAGACCUUUGCGCUCGUCCUAACACAAUAAUGCUGGAAGCCGCCGUGCCCGCCGGUCUCAUCGUCCCGGACAGCGGCUCGCUGGUCUACGUCCGGCGUCCGGACGGCUCACUCGUCCGGAGGCACCUGCUCGCCGCGGACACGCCUAAAGAUAGAGACAUGUGGCUGGAUUGCUUGAAUAAAGCGCUGGAGUAUGUCAGAUGCUGCGCCACUGAUGAUGAUUGAGUGGUAUGAUGUCAUGUUGAGUGUAAAAUUGUGGAUAGUUUGUUAGUUAUGUAUAUUGUUAUCUCAGAAAUAGUUACAAACGUGUACUAGUGUAAGACUUCGCAGACUACAGACUUUUAGUCGGCCGAUAGUUUAUCUGCUUUUAACUUGUAUGAGUAAUCGGCCAACAUAGUCUGGCAUAUCACAUAGUAAAAGCUGACAAAUUACUAAUAUUCUUGGUUCCACUACGACUUCAAAUAUGACUGUAUAAUAUAAAGUCAUUAAUAGCCAGGUGCUUAUUUCUAACGAAUCUAUAGCGAUUAGUAUUAUAAUACCGUACUUAUAUUGUAUUUUAUUGGGACCAUUUUAUUGAUAGUGCUUGCAACGUGUAUGCAGCUUGUAUUAUUGUUAGUUUGACUGAUUUUAGCUUUAAUGUGACGACUAAUACUUUACGAAGUGUAUUGUUUACUACAACCUGAUUGAGUUAACUGCGCACCUCGCUAGGAUGCGACUCUUAAUAGGCUAGAUGACAAAAUUUCAAUUA